AUGGCGUCAAAUCUAUCUAAUAUUGUGUUUCCCGGUCAGUUUAACCCAAAGACUGAUAAGUGGUGUGAAUACAAGGAGCGGCUACUGUUUGCGCUCGACGCCGCGGGGGUGUCGGCGGAGCCGGCGGAUGAACAAAAAGCGCGAUCAUUGUUCCUAUCUCAGUGCGGCAAAGAUACUUAUUCACUAAUAGUGUCACUCCUAGUGCCGAAAAGACCGACCAGUUUUGGGUUUUAUGACAUUCUCUUGGUGUUAGAUAAAUUUUAUGAACCUGAGGUGAAUGAAAUACUUGAAGCCGGGAAAUUUCACAAACGCCUACAAAUACAAGGGGAGAGCGUGCAGGACUUUGUAUCGGCCAUAAGCCUCAUGGCAGCUAAGUGCAACUUUGUAGAUUUGAAACGACAGUUACGGGAUCGACUAGUGUUGGGCGUGCGGGACGAUCGCCUGCGUCGCGACCUGUUGAAGACUACGGACCUCACGUACGAGAGGGCUGUGCAGCUCUGUCUCAACUACCAGGCGGCGUUCCAUGACCUGUACCCCGACACUAGCGAGAUGAAGCAAACUCCGUCCAGUGUCAGUGAACCUAUGGACAUUGGUAGAAUAAAAUCGAUUGAAUGUCGACAUUGUGCACAGAAUCAUAAGGCUGGAGAGCGGUGUCCUUUCAUGAAAGCUAAGUGCUUUUACUGUAAGAAAUUUGGGCACAUUGCCUCCGCCUGCAUGAAGAAAUCGGGCAAGGUGCAUCAAGUGGGAGGUGACGACCAAGAAGUGGUGGCUUCUGAAGAUAUGAUGGGUGUCUACGUCUGCUCGGAUAAUACUUAUCGUGCACCAAUAACAGCAGAGCUGACCAUCGACGGCGCCAAGCUGAGCAUGGAGGUGGACACGCGCGCCUCGAGGAGCAUCAUCUCUGAAGAAACCUACCGCAAGCUGUGGCAGGUGGCGCCACCUCUGCAGUCUACCAAUGUAAAACUAGUGACAUGGACUCGUGAACCUUUGAAAGUGUUGGGUGUGACGCACGUGCGCGUGGUGCUAGGCAACAAGGAGGCCCAGUGUGAACUGUUAGUAGUGUCGGGUAAAGGGCCGAGCUUGUUAGGUAGGAACUGGUUUCAAGCGUUGUGUUUGGAUGUUGCGGGACUAUGUUGGACUGAUGAUAAAAUUUCAAGACUGAUGAGUGAGUUCCCGGAUUUAUUUAAUGAGACACUUGGUGAAUAUAAAGGUCCUGAAAUCUCAUUACACGUUCUUCCUGAUGCAAAACCAAGGUUCUUGAAAGCACGGCCGGUUCCAUUUCCCUUGAAGAAACAAGUCGAAGAGGAGUUGAAUCGGAUGGUGGAGAGCGGUGUCCUGACCCCAGUGCGAUACUCCAAGUGGGCGACCCCACUGCGGCUCGUCAAGAAAGAUGACGGCGCGUUACGUAUCUGCGGCGAUUAUCGGUCAACCGUCAAUUCUGCCAUUGAUGUCGAUACGUAUCCACUCACAGCCGCCGUCGAAGCCUUCGUGAACCUCAGUGGAGGAAGAGUCUUCAGCAAGCUCGACUUGAAGCAUGCGUACCUACAGAUGAAUGUGGAUGAGGACACAGCAAUGCUCUUAACACUGAAUACGCCUCUCGGACUGAUGCGGAUGAACCGCCUGGCCUUCGGUGUGAAUGCGGCUCCCGGGAUCUUCCAGCGCGUGAUGUCGUCGGCGCUGGCGGGCAUGGCGGGCGUGGCGUGCCUGCUGGACGACGUGGCGCUGACGGGCCGCACCGCGCAGGAGCACGACCAGAGGCUACGAGCAGUCCUACAGAAACUGACAGACAUGGGUUUUCGGCUGAAUCUGAAGAAGUGUGUAUUUGCUUCUAACAGCAUAAACUUCUUGGGUCAUACGAUAGAUGCUGAAGGUCUGCACCCGUCACCUGAAAAAGUGCGUGAAAUUAAAGAUAAACCGGCACCUACAAACAAAGCCACGUUGCGGGCUUUUCUGGGGCUGUAUAACUUCUAUGAGAAAUUCCUGCCUGAUAAAGCAACAUUACUAGAGCCACUGUAUCGCCUCCUCGAAUCAAAGAGACCGUGGGUCUGGGGCGAUGUGGAACAGAAAGCUUUUGAGGAUGCGAAAAGCUUACUGUCAUCUGAUAUGACUCUAGUCGGCUAUGACCUGGAUAAAGAGCUACUGCUCAUUUGUGAUUCAUCUGAAUAUGGCCUUGGGGCCGUGAUAGCUCACGUUAUGGAAGAUGGGUCUGAGAGACCAGUAAUGAUGGCGUCCCGAACCUUGCAACCGCAUGAACGCAGAUAUGGGCAAAUCGAUAAGGAAGCGUUAGCCAUCAUGUAUGGGUUGGAAAAGUUCCGUGAGUUUUUGAUUGGGCGCAAAUUCUGUAUUAUAACAGAUCAUAAGCCGCUAGUUGGACUUUUCAAUCCUGAUAAACCGAUUCCUGACUUUAUUUCACCGCGUAUGCUGAGAUGGUCAUUGAAACUUGGGUGUUUUGACUAUGUCAUAAAGUUUAGACCAGGCAAAUUGAUUGGGCAAGCUGAUGCCCUCAGUAGAUGGACCGCAGUAAAUUGUUCUGGUAACAAGGUGAAUGCCCUGGGCGAAGUGCUGUUACUGGCGGAGCAGCCUGAGGGAUGGAACCUGGAUGUAACUAGGAUUGCGACUGAAACAAAAAAGGAUCGCGUGUUACGUAAAGUUUUGUUUCACGUUCUACACGGCUGGCCACGAGCGAAUACAGAUCCAGAGAUGCAGCCAUAUUGGACGCGCAGAGAGGCUCUUUCACACGAUAAAGACUGUUUAUUGUGGAGCAACAGAGUCAUUAUACCCCAGUCACUUCAAAAAGAAGUGCUAAAAUUAUUGCAUGAGCCGCACGCCGGCAUAGUCCAAACAAAAGCAUAUGCUAGAGGAUACGUAUGGUGGGCCGGUAUGGACCAACAGAUUGAGAGAGUGGUGGCUGAAUGUGAAGCCUGCCCAGCCGUGAGAAACAACCCUCCGAGAGAUCCCCAAGCCUGGAUUGUUCCUGAAAAGCCAUGGAGCCGAGUUCAUGUUGACUUUGCCGGUCCGUUCCAAGGAAAAACAUUCAUUGUUCUUAUAGACAGCUACAGCAAAUGGUUCGAGGCUGAAAUAAUCCAAUCUAUGAGCAGUGGAACGGUUAUAAGUGUUAUGCGAAAGAUAUUUGCCUCACAAGGACUGCCGGAUGUCCUGGUGUCCGAUAACGGUAGGGCUUUCAGUUGCAUUGAGCUCAACUUGUUCUUGAAGAAAAAUGGGAUCAGGCACUUGUAUUCCCCGCCCUAUCACCCGGCGACCAACGGGCAGAUUGAGAGGUCUAUUCAGACAUUUAAGAAUAAGCUCAAGAAAAUGAGCGAAUCUGAUAUACCAUGGAGCGAGAAGAUGCCUAAAGCGCUUUAUGCGUUGAGGACGGUGCCGAACAGCUGCACCAACAAGAGUCCAGCGGAGAUGCUGAACGGACGCAAGUACAGGACGGCGGUGUCGGCGCUGCACCCCGCCGCCGCGCCCAGCGCCGCCGCGCGCCAGCUGGAGGCCGCGGCGCACAGCGCGCCCGCGCGCACCUUCGCGCCCGCGCAGCCGGUGCUCGUGCGCAUGUACCAGGCACCAGACAAGUGGCAGAGAGCCACGGUCGAGCAGGUGGAGGGACCGAGCUCCUACAUGGUGAGGACGGAAGAUGGGGAGUUGCACCGGCGACACGCUGACCAGAUGUUAGCUCGAGCUGUGCCGACUCCAAGAGUGGAGACUCCACCAGCACAGAUGCACAGACCUGCUGUCUCCAUGCCAUCUUCACCUUCAACCUCUGAUGAACCUAUAGUGAUACCUCCACCGGAUAUGUGGCCUGAUAUUAUUGGCAUACCUAAUUCUUGUUGA